CGGGAGGUGGCGCUGCCGGGUUGUAGUGUCGCCACUCGCCGUGGCGAGCGUGUUGUGAGUUCACGUGGGGGACCGAGCGUGUUCCCUCCAUCCUCUCUCGCCUUUUGGGUGUGUUUUGUUUUCCUUUCACCUCCUUUUCUCGUCACCAGUGGUCACGGCGGGUGCAGCGAGGCUGUGGGGCGCAGGUGGAGGCUCUUCACACGCCUGGUGCAGCCUGAGGAGCGACCUGUGCCCGGAGCCUCCGCAUCCCCCAGGGCGCCGCCCGCCAUUUUCUGUCCCUCAGCGCCCGCAGCGGGCGGGGCGGCCUCUGCUCGGGGUUCGCUGCGGUUCCCGCUCCUUCCCCGCCGUGCCGCCUCCCGCCAGCGAACCGCAGAGCUCUGGGCUGGGUUAUUUCCUUGCUUAGAGGGACGAAACCACACGUGAAUGCUGUUCUCACAUAGGUGGCUGUGCAAGGCAAAGACCCCGUUGCUUUGCGCCCAGAGUCAGAAGUGGCGCUGCUGCUGGAGAAGUUUGCCCGUAGGUUUCUUUGCUGCACGACAAAUUUAAUUCAUCUUCGCCCUCAUACAGCACGCCAGGUUCUUGUCAUAGGAGGAGAAUACUGACCUGACAUGGAAGUCAAAACAUCAUUUAGCAAAGCCAGUAGGAUUCCUGAAACUGUAUCCAGAUUAAUCAAUGAAGAAUUUGUCCUGGUUUAUCAGCAAUUGGAGGAUGCUUCUGGAAAAUAUGAAGAACUUCAGCUAAAAGUUCGUGAUUAUUUUAAAUGUGUGGUAUUUUCAAAUGGAGAUGAUCAGCCGGAGAAGGCAAUGGAAGAGAUACUGAGGGAUUCGGAAAAAGACCAGAACAAUUUCCCUGCUCUCCGAGGAGGUUCCAGCGAGGCAGGAGAUGGGGUCAACAGGUCAAACAAAUCAGCCAUCUCUGCACCUCCUUUUAGACCCUUCUACUACAGGCUCGGAGCUUCCCCUUUUGGAACCUGUGUGUUUGGAGAUGUUGGAGGAGACCAAGGAGGAGGACACCCAGGAGGAAGAGACAUGAGGAAGAUGUGGAGUCUCUGCACAGCCUUGAGGAGACUGUGCCCAAGCCAACCAAGGAAGAUGUGGAGACUACAGAGCACGUUGAGGAGACUCCAGAGCGCAUUGAGGAGACUCUAAACAACACAAGACAGAAAGAUGUGGAGACUCCAGAGCACGUUGACGAGACUACGAGCAAGAUAAGAGAGGAAGACGCUGAGACUCAAGAGCGCAUUGAGAACACUCCAAGCAAGAUAAUGGAGGAAGAGAUGGAGACACCAGAGCACAUUGAGAACAGCCUAAGCAAUAUAAUAGAGGAAGACACCAAGACUGCAGAGUGCAUAGAGGAGACUCCAGGCAAGCCAGCUGAAGAAGACCUGGAGACUUCACAGAGCCUGGAAGACAAUGUGAGGAACCAAGCCGGGGAAGAUAUGGAGGUUCCACAGAGCAUUCAAGAGAGCACAACUGAGGAUGGAGCUGAAGACGCACAAGAAGGAGCUGUUGACUGUGACACCCUGAGAAGAGCGCAGAUCCCGCAGACUGAGGGUGAAGGAGCAAGAUGGCUCGGGGCUGAAGGAGACCAGUUACCUGCAGAACACGCUGUCAGCCCGGACGAGACGUGCAAAAGCAGGGCCCUGAAAGCUGCAACUUUGGAAAAGCUGGUGGAGACGCUUCCAAUGGCAUUUGCGGAUAAUGACUUUACAUACAUCAACACCUUCCUCUCAACGUACAGGGCCUUUGCUUCCACCAGCACAGUCCUGGAGCUGCUCCUGGACAGAUACGGAAACCUGGAGAUCUCGGGCUCUGAAGAGCGUGGAAGCCAGAAUUCCCCCGGAUCCAGCACAGUGCUCAGGACUGCGAUCGCAUCGAUUUUACAAGCCUGGCUCGACCAAUGUGCCGAGGAUUUCCAAGAGCCGCCCGACCACGUGUGUCUGCUGAAGGUGCUGAGUUAUCUGAAGAAGAACAUGCCCGGCUCUGACCCGGAGAAGAGGGCGCAGAACCUCCUGGAGCAGUUCCAGAAAGAAGAACUGGAGAAUGAUGACGCGUUCCACAGCCUUUCUCCCUGCAACCUGGAUGAGGAAGAGGAACUGGAGAUCAGCGGUGCACAAGAAUUCUCAUUGUUCCAAGAAGAGCUGGUGGCAGAACAGCUGACGUACAUGGACGCGACACUCUUCAAGAACGUUGUGCCCCACCACUGCCUGGGCUGCAUCUGGUCCCGCAGGGACAAGCAAGAGAACAAACACCUGGCACAGAGCAUCAGAGCCACCAUCUCGCAGUUCAACGCCGUCACCAACUGCGUGGUCAGCACCGUCCUGGACAGCAGAGAAUUAAAGACACGGCAACGAGCGAAGACCUUGGAGAAGUGGAUCCGUAUCGCACGUCAAUGUAGGAUCCUGAACAACUUUUCGUCUUUGAAGGCCAUUGUUUCCGCACUGCAGUCCACCUCCGUUUAUCGCCUGAAGAAGACCUGGGCCUGCGUUCCAAAGGACACAAUGCUGAUGUUCGAAGAGCUCUCAGAAAUCUUCUCCGACUGUGACAACUUUGCGACGAGCAGGGAGCUGCUGCUGAAGGGAGUCACCCAAGGCACGGUACCUUACCUGGGUACCUUCCUCACAGACCUCGUCAUGCUGGACACAGCCCUUCAGGACUAUCUCGAGGGCGGCCUGAUCAACUUUGAGAAGCGGCGAAGGGUGAGUGGAACGUUGACUGUUCUGUGGUCGUUAGUUGCUGACGCUCUCUGCUAGAGCGUUCUCUUGGCGAGGCCUGUUGUCUUUGCUCGGGCGUAUCCAACAGCCGCUCACGUUACUGCAGAUGGUGAGUGUGAGUGUGAGCGCACGACGUGCAGAGCCGGGGAGGAUCAGGCUCUGCUGUCAUCACAGGCACCUCUAGUUAUGUCCCUCGCUUAGUGCCUGAGAACCAGCUCCGUACAGAGCGGGAUUCCUCUCUCGGCGCCGCUCUGGCCACGCAGGGCUGAGCGGGAAGGCUGAGCUGCAGAGCUGCAUUGUUGGAAACAGUGGUUCUGGACAUAGUCACUUCUUCAACUGAACCCGACCUGCGGGUCAAACUCAGUCUGUCCUGGAUCUGUUGCUGCGUGUGGGUAGGAUAUUAACGAGACCGGCUUUAUUUUUCUAAUUGGAAUUCCUAUUUUAUUAUUUGUUUUCUUAGGAAUUUGAAGUAAUCGCACAAAUUAAGCUCUUGCAGUCCUCAUGUAACAGCUAUUGCAUGUCAGCAGAUGAGAAAUUCGUGCAGUGGUUUAGGAGGCAGCGGCAUUUAAGUGAUGAGGAGAGGUAGGGUCUCAGCCCAGCUGGCGAAGCAGCUUUUCUUGCCCCGCAGGCAGGUUCAGGUUCUCUCAGCCUUGAGCUCUGCGCUGCCAGGAGCUGCUCCCGGAGAGUGGAAAUACACCCGCACAGAGCUGCGCUCCUCCUUGUGGGGAUGCCACCCUCUGGGGCGUGGGAAUGGCCCAGGGCUCCUCAAAUAUGGCCACUCUGAGAUAUUUAACUGAUGGUGUUGCCUGUUCUGCAGUUUCCGGCUUUCACGCGAAAUUGAAGGAGCUGCUGACAAGAGCGUCGCAUCGGCCAAAGCUCAGAGGAGCGUGGUGAAGAGAUUCAGCCUGUGAGUAUAACGGUUUGGUGCCUGAAUAUGAACUGGAGUAAAUCAAACACCAGCUGACAAACCUGGCUGGGGAUCCAGAACACUGGAUUUUAGUGCUGGAUUAUAAAUUCAAUUCACAUUUGCAGCAGCAAAACAGAGUAAAUAAGGAUAGAGUCUAAUUUGCUAUACACACACAAACAAUAGGCCACUCGAGACAGGAAAGCACAACAGCAGGUCAGCUUGUUGAAGCAAGUGCCAGCUUUGCUCAGCCCAGCUCUGCUGUGCUUUCUUUUCUCCCCUAGGCCGUUCCUGGGCUUGGGGGUGAGCGCCCACAGCACACCCGUCAACGCGCAGCCCAAACCUGCUCCAGGUGGGAGCUCUGGGGACAGCACCGUCACCAUCGUCCCUCCCACCGACACUGCCGAGGAGCCUCAGCACAAGUGCUCCAAGAAGUGCCCCGACUCCGUGACUCCCAUUACAACAAAAGAAGUGCCGCCAGUCCUGCCACUUUACAACCAACAGAACGGAGAGAGCUGCAUCAUCCGGACCAGCGUAGAGGAGGACGGAAGUGGCAACAUCUACAGGAGCAUCCUGCUGACUAACCAAGAGAAGGCUCCUGCUGUCAUCCAGAGAGCCCUGGAGAAGCACAGCCUGCAGUGUGGCUCGGCCGAGGAUUACGAGCUGGUACAGAUCAUCUCCGAGGACAAAGGUGGGGAAGCAGAACUCUGCUGCUGCUGCUUGACCGGUGCUGCUGCAUUUUGACGGCAAGAGUGACACGCGAAGCGACGUCAGGAACGCCACGGACACGUUGUCACAGCUGCCGGUGAGAAUAAACCCCUAAGGCUGAGUGGUGCGCCAACUCACGCUGGCUCUGCUCCCUCUCUUGCAGAGCUGGCGAUCCCACCCAAGGCGAACGUGUUCUACGCCAUGAACACCCAGGCCAACUUCCAUUUCAUCCUGAGGAGAAAAGCUGCAGCACAGGAGGAGCCUGCGCCCCAUGGAUUUUAAUAGUUGAGCCUUCUAUAGGAUUUACUGCUUAUAUUAUAAGCAUGGAAACUUUUUUUCCCCCAGGUUUAGUCUGGAGUUGAUAUAUUUGAAUAUGUGACCUGUAUCUAAUGUUUGAGCUUUGUAUAAUAUUUAAUACUUAUAUAACAAGUCUAUUACCUUUUUUCCAGUAAUUUCUAGUUGGAGUUAAUAUAUUUAAACGUUGUAUCUGUAUAUAAUAUUUGAGCUUUAUUUAAUA